CUUAUAAAUUCAUGCAUUGCACACUUUGAUUUUGCAGCAAACCAAAACCCAUCUCUCUCUCUCUCUCUCUCUCUCUCUCUUUCUGUACAUUUGGUACUGGACUAUCAAUGGAGUCACCACCACGCCCACUCUUACUCUACUUCAUUCCCAUGUUAUCACCUGGACAUUUGAUCCCACUCUUCGAAAUGUCCCGCCUCUUCUCCGCUCGCGGCCACCGUGUCACCAUCGUCACCACCCCUUCCAACGCCGCCAUUUUCCAAAAAACCAUCGACCAAGACGUCGCCGCCGGCCGCCCCAUCUCCACCCACACCUUCCCCUUCCCUUCGAAAGAAGUCGGCCUCCCCGAAGGCCACGAAAACCACUUCUUCACCAAAGACAUCGCCGAAGCCACCAAACUCCAUAACGGCAUGCACCUCCUCAAAGGCAAAAUGGAGGAAUUCAUCUCCAACAGCCCCCCCGAUUGCAUCUUCUCCGACAUGUUCCACCCUUGGACCGCCGACCUUGCUAUCAAACUCCGAAUCCCUAGAAUCGUCUUCCAUGCCACCUGCAUCUUCGCUAUGACCCUCAAGGACUCCAUGAGAAAACCUGACUCUCCUCACCUCUAUGUUCAGUCCGACGACGAACCCUUCUUGAUUCCGGGUCUGCCCAAUCCGAUCACCAUGAUCAGAUCUGCGCUUCCUGACUACGUUCGGACCCCAAACGGGUACACCCAGUUGAUGGAACAGUUCAGAGAAGCUGAGUUGAAAAGCUAUGGAGUUUUGGUUAACAAUUUCUACGAAUUGGAGUCUGAUUACUGCGAACACUACAAGAAAAUCAUGGGUCACAAGGUCUAUCACGUUGGUCCGGCGGCUCUGAUUCAUCGAAACGCCGCCGAACAGGUCGAUCGAGGCCAUAAAACGGUGAUCGGAGAGCAGGAGUGCCUGAGUUUUCUCGACUCGAAGAAAUCCAGCUCAGUCCUCUAUAUCUGCUUUGGGAGCUCGUGCAUUUUCCCCGAUAACCAGCUCAUGGAAAUCGCUUGCGGAAUCGAAGCUUCGGGGCAUCAGUUCAUCUGGGUAGUGUUUGGGAAGGAGGAAAAUGAAGAAGAGGAAGAGAAAAACAAGUGGUUACCGACAAGGUUUGAAGAGAGGACCAAAGAUAAAGGCAUGAUCAUCAAAGGUUGGGCACCACAGGUGUUGAUCUUGGACCACCCAUCAGUUGGUGGAUUUUUGACUCACUGUGGUUGGAACUCAGUGAUUGAAGGUAUAAGUGCAGGAUUACCAUUGAUCACAUGGCCUCUGUAUGCUGAGCAUUUUUACAAUGAGAGGUUGGUGACUCAAGUGUUGGGUAUUGGGGUGGAAGUGGGGAAGAAGGAUUGGAACUUGUGGAUUGAUGCUGCAAAGGUUGUGGUGAAGAGAGAGAAUAUAGUGUCCGCCGUGAGGAGGGUGAUGGACUGCGGCGAUGCGGCGGCGGAGAUGAUGAGAGAGAAGGCCAAAGCUCUGGGAGAAAUGGCCCAUAAGGCUGUUCAAGAAGGUGGGUCCUCUCAUACAAAUUUAACGGUGUUGAUUGCGGAGCUGAAGCAAAUUAGAGAUCACAGAGCUGAUGAUUGAGGGUUCAACAUUGAAUCAUCUACCACCAAGGGCGAUCCUAGGUAGUAAGGGAGUAUGUUCCUCUCCUUGCUGAUCAGGGUUCAAAUUUUUUACUAUUCAAGUGAAAGUCCGACAGUUUAGGUGGAUCGGCUAGUUUCUCCCAGUUUAACUUGUAAGGGUGGAUCUUAAAGGUCCUGCCUUGAAAGUGUUCUGGUUACAAAAAAAAAAAAAAAAAAAACCAUUGAAUCAUCAACCAAGCCAGAGGUUUGCCCAUCAUCCAUCAUCAUGUGUUCGCAUCUAUUAGUAUCGGUUGUACAGUUUUAAUUUUCUGUUUCUGUAUCUGCUGCUACUAUAUUGUUGAAAUAAGUCAUGUGAAAUUUGGCUUGGUUUGAUUUA